CCGUAAAAAUUUAAUCGGCUUGAAACACUAUUCUGCUGAUGCUCCCGUAGAGUUCUUUUUUAAUAACGAAAAAUCUAAUUGCAUUAAUAUUUCGGUUGGUGAAGAACCUAGUUUUAAAAAAGAAAUACGUGGGGAUAGGGUUGUUAAUGGAGUACUCCAGACUAUAAUAAAACAUAUAACCCGCUUCUGGAGUGCUCCGGAGUGGGUUAUAUGUUUUAUUAUUAACUGGAGCACUCCAUUAACAACCCUACGUGGGGGGUCUAAAAACGUUCCUGGGUUUGGCAACACUUUUAUUCUAGAUUGUGCAUUUAUAAUUGCCAUGUUAAAAACUACGAA